UGGCCGCCGCCGACAGGUACGGCGUGUCCGUCGUGAAGGCGGCGUGCGAGCGGCAGGUGGCCGCGCAGCUGUGCGUGCAGACUGCGGCCGCCGCGGCCGUUCUCGCAGUCCGGCACUCCUGCCACAGCCUCGGGCAGGCCGCCGUCGCCUUCAUAAAGGACAACCUGGUCGCCGUGAUGGCCACCCCGGGCUGGGCAGACGCGAUGCGCAGCCAGCCCGAAGACUUGAUCGCAGUGAGUCGGCUGCUCGCUGAGCCACCGGCAGAAACCGGGAUGAAUGAAACGAUCACUGAGGCUGGUAACAUCUCAUUGGAAGAAAUUUACCAACAAGAACUGACCAACGAUAAGCUGGACAUCACCGUGGACAAUUCGACGCACAUUGCUGGAAGUGAUUCUGUGGGACAAGAAUUUUGUGCUCGUGAUAGCGCAUUAUGUAUUAGAAACAACUGCGGCUUAAAGGAAAAGGAAUUCAAAGAGUUCACCUGUAGCUCAUGCCAGCAGACAUUUUCAUCUGAACAGAAGCUUGACGCUGACAGUGUUCAUCCAACUCCACAUAUCUGUACACGCUGUGGUGAGGUAUUCUCCAAUAAUGGUAGCUCAAUCACGCAUUCCACGAAGGCGCCAGAACUUAAUGAAAAGGGAUUUCCGUGCGACAGAAUCACUAAUGUAUUUCGUAACACCCAGUCUCAUGAAGUAGUGUGUGAUGCUGGGAGAUCCAACAGAUUUGAUUCUCCUAACAAAUCCUUUACUACUGCAGGUAACGUCAACCUACAGGCAUCUGAUAAUCAUGAGAUACCCAUUACUCAAUCAGAUCAUCUCAAGAAACGAGCUGUAAAACGUACUAGUCGAACUCUACACAAAUGUGAUACUUGUGGGAAAUCCUUUAUUAAGUCUAGUAAGCUCAAAACUCAUUUACGAACACACAUUGCCAAGAGAACAUACAAAUGUGAAGUUUGUGACAAAUCCUUUACCAACUCUAGUUCUCUCAGAAAGCAUACUUUAAUUCAUUCUGGCAAGAAACCAUACAAAUGCGACAUUUGUGGGAACUCAUUUACUAGGUCUGAUAGUCUCAGGAGGCAUUUCUUAAGACAUAUUGAUGAGAGACCAUAAAAAAGAGACAUUUGUGAGAAAUCCUUAAUUAGUACUGGUGAUCUGCGGUAGGAUACGCUAAUAAAUGCUUGUGGAGGACCAUAAAAAAAUCCUGGAAAUAUAUUUGGGUGAAAGGCAGUUCAUUGUCUAGUAAUCUCAAGGUCAGUGCCACAGUUCAUAAGACAGACCCCACAAGAACAUAUCAAUGAGGUAAACCAUCUCACUAUCGUAGAGACAGGUGUCAGAAGGAACAAUGUUAACUGCAAUGAAAGAUUUAAUACUGGUUUCCGCAGCCUGUAGAUCAUUGUUCAUUUUGGGGAAACCAAAUAAAUCCUUCGAUAUAAAUCGCAUAUUUAGGUUUGUAAUUUGUGUGAUAGUGCAAUUCUUUGUAGUGUAGGAUAUUAAGAGAUUUGGUUGUUUUGAAAUAUAUUGUUUUGUUUGUGUUCUAAAUGAAAAAUGUGCUGAAUAGUAUUCACAGUAAUGUAAAUGUCUCAUAUUAAAUAUGGAAAGGCAGACCAUUGAUUUAGAGAUAUUUCUACUUUAAGUCAUAAAAUUUUAUUGCUUGCAGCAUUUUAGAAACCUGAAUUAACUAUUUGUUUCAUUCUUGAAUGAAUAUUAUUAUUGCUAAACUAUUAAGAUAACGUCCAAGCUUUGUACAAGACAUGCGAGCCCUGAAAUGUACCCAUAUGCUCAAAAUUUCCAAUAAUUUAUGAAUAUACUUGCUUUGUACUUUAACAAAUUAUAUUAAAGUUAUUCACUAUACAAAUACAGAUUCCAUUUAUACCAUAAUAUUAAUGAAACGAUGAGAAGAUGAUUUGCAGCAAUGUAUAAGGGGAUCAGAUAUAAUACGAAUUAAAAUUUUUCUUGUUGUGGCAUAGUACCCCAUAUUGAUACAUUCAAACUGUAUUUUUUUAAAUUUUGUAUAUAUUUUUAUGUAAGUUUGUGAGUUCUGUGACCAAUGUUGUGUAUGUAAGUAUUUUUUAUCAAACCCUUUUUUGUAUUUUUGUAAAUGUCUCUCUACAUUAUACUUCCGAUAACAGUUUCACCAGUUUUUUUCACAGUUGCCAUGACAACAUACUGUGAUAUACACACACUAAUUUGAAAUAUCGGGGUCGUGAUGACAUGAAAGGACUCCUAUAUUGUUGCCAAUUUACAUUAAGGAAUGACAGGCCUGUUCUUUUA